UUUCUCGCACUUCUUUUAUAUUUAAUUUAUUUUUUGGCUUUUUCUUUGAUCCUUUUCCCUAGUUUUCUCGUGAUCCAAACAGAAAUUUCACUCUUUACUGGUUCCCCUUUCUUGAUAUGGUGGAAAAAGGGCCAAAGGUUUGGUAUCUUUGUUGGGUGUCUGAUGGUUCUCCGUUUCUUGGUUUGUUGGGAUUCAUUUUGGAAGAAAUCGCAGCCAAGAUAAUUUUGCGGACAAGAUAAUGCAAUUUUGAAAGAUGGACUCUUUGGCAAGAAAUCGAAGCACCAAAGCUGAAAACUCCAAAAUGGAAGAAUCUGGGGGCCAAACUUCAGAAGAGCCUGCAACUAAGUUUCAAGCAGAUGAAAUUCAUCCCCUUUUGGGGAAACCAUACUUUCAUGUGGUUCUUGUAAAAUCACAUUUGAAUCAAAUGGUGCUUCCUACCAAAAUGCAUCCAUCAGUUCCUUCUGCUGUGAUUCCUGCAGUUCUUGUCCAUCAGGACAAGAGAUGGGAGAUGACUUUUAAUGGAGAUCACCGUACCCACAAACGGUUUGAUAUUGGCUGGAGAACAUUUGUCAAUGACAACAACCUGAAAGCUGGAGAUGCAUGUGUAUUUGAACUCAUGGAGUGCAAUACUAGCAAUAUCAAGUUCAGAGUUCAAAUUCUCAGAGGUGAUAUCCCAUCUAUGUUGUUAGACAGGGCAAAUGGUGAAACUUCAGAUACUGCUAUUGUCAUUGAGUAGACCUUCUCCUAUAAGAACUGUUCCUGGAAUUUUUUAUUUCCUGUACAUUUACCAGUCGGGAGCUAGGUUAGAUAUUUGAAACUCCAGUAGAUACUGAUGUGCAUCUGUUGUUUGCAUAUGUGGUUGUCUUAAUCAGAAAUGUCUCAUCAUUCAUAUUCAUCCA